AUGAGCAAGCCUGGUUCGCACCUAAACAGCAAAGUUACAAGGGAUAAAGUGGAGUGUCACAUAGUAGGAACAAUUGAGAAAACGUGUUCUGUUGUGGCAUUUAAGUGUGUUUGGAGAGUAAGCGAUGAAGAAAUUCAACAAGCCUGGAAUUGGAUCUGCGAAAAGCGAGAUGAAUGUGAUUUGGAAUUGUCGAAACUGAGCGAGGUUUGCUUUUUCUUUUCGGCAAUAAGCACCUCAAAGCUUGACAGCAAAAAGAAAAAAUCAAGAACAUCAGAUGAAGGAUGCGAAACCGACGAGUCGAGCGAAGAAUCUGCCAUAAUUCCUUCGCAAAUUUCAACGCCUGGAAAGCAAGUUUUCCCAGCAAUUUCGUAUUGGGUGGCCUGCCAAACUCAAAAUGGUUCAGCUGUUAAUCCCAUGAAAAUUCAACGUGCUCUUGGCAAAUGCGGCCUCGAAUUCUAUCUUUCCAGGGCAUCAAGGAAAAAAAAUUUUCACGACCUUAACCAACUCUGCUAA